AUGGCUGUCCUUAAUAACAACCCGGAAGUUCUCUUGAAAAAGAGAAAGAAUGCCGACAGAAAGAGAAUCGAAAAGCUGGAGCAGCUUAGAGUCGAGGCUGAAAAAAAGAAGAAGCAGAGUCUUGUUCAAAAGGAUAAGUUUCUUCGAGCUGAGAAGUUGGCCAUGAAGAAUAAAGCUGCUUUCAUUGAAAAGAAGCGUAUGGACAGUAUCUUGAAACACGAGCAGCGCCAAAUUAGCCAGAAGAAGGAAGAAGACCCAAAGCUCAUGUUUAUCAUCAGAAUCCCAAACAUCAAUAAGCAUCUCACCAUCCCCGAGAAGGCCAAGGCUGUUCUCCAAGUGUUGAGAUUGACCGAGGAGAACAUGGGCGUUUUUGUUAACGUCACUCCUACUGUCCUUCCAGUUUUGAAGCUCAUCGCUCCAUACAUUGUCGUGGGUAAGCCAUCGCUUGCCUCUGUGCGUGAGCUUUUCCAGAAGAGAGCUUCCUUCCCUAACCCAGAAAGUGAAUCUGGCUUCUCAAAGUUGGAUAACAACCAGGUCGUCGAAGAUACUUUUGGCGAAGACCUUGGCUUUAUCUGUGUGGAAGACUUGGUUCAUGAAAUCUACAGUUUGGGUGAGAACUUCAAGACUGUCAACAACUGGAUUGCUCCUUUCAAGUUGGUCGCCCCUGUGAAUGGCUGGAGUCCAAAGGCUCGUUUGGAGAGAAUCCAGUAUGAGCGUGAGAUGAAGAAGCCAAUCACCUUGGCUGGUCAUGUGUCUUUGGAGGAAAUUGACAUCGACAAGCACAUCGGUGAGCUUAACUAA